AUGCUUCUCUUCUCGCACUGCCCUCGCUAUCGUUCGGUCGCGUGUCUCUCGCGUACCUCUUUCCUUGUUCCCGGAGAAGCUGGUUCCUCUUCGGACUCCUCGUCCUGUGCUAAGAGCUCUGCACUGCGACAGCCGUCUUAUUCCAGCCGCACAGCCGCUUCUUCCUCUUCCUCUGGAUCGCGUACGUUGAUAACUUCCCUCUUCUCUCUCCAGACAGGCGAAAACACUGUCAGCGCACACUGGAACGCCUUCAUAGACACAACGUUGCACCUAGGCUGGUACUGGCUGCCGUCGGUCCCCUUCGAUGCACCUGAAACUGCUGUCUUUGACCCAGCGACGCGGCAGUGGACGCUCUGCUCGCCUCUGGUACAUGCCGACAGUGUGAUAUUGCUUGUGUGUGCUCGGGGGAAGAAGCCAUUGUCUGUGACGAAUCCGACAUGCGCCCUACCACCUGCCGGAGUCGGAGACCCCGAGAGCCGCGCGCCUGCUCCGGCUGCAGGGAGGGUCGGGAAAGGCGAGAAGCCAGACAGACCUGGCUCUCCGGUGCCGCUCGCGUGUCAGAGUCGGAGUUCCUCUCUGCUCUCUUCGGUCUCCAAAGAAAAAGCGAAUAACAUGGGAACUGGCGCCGGUGGCACCUCUGCACUCAAAAGUGCGGCUUCGACCGAUGCGCCUGAAUCCUCUGGGAGGGCGGGAGGCACGGUUGUAGGGAAAUCGAGUAAGGAGGAAAGCUGGCGGAGACCUGCGCCAGCCGAGAGGCGAGGAGAAAGAGUCAGUCGAAAAGGUAGCGCAGACGAAAACAGUCCCGAGGGAACAGUGUACGUGGGACAUUAUAGUCGCAGAAGACUUCUCGACAUGAGCAUGCUUUUCAAAAAGCUUUGCCGCCAGGUUCGCCAACGCGGACACGCUGGCGCACUGACGCACUCUCAGACGCUGCAGCUCUCGGGAUCGCAGGGGCGCCGCGACUUUGAGCGAUGGCAGGCAUGGGCAGUGGAGGACAACUUAGUUAGUUACCGAGUUAUCAGCAACACGUUCUACCGGUUUUUCCUGCUCCUGAAUGACGGUUUGAUUCCAAGGACUGUAUCUGGCGACGGUGCGGACUCCAGUAGCGCGUCGUAUCGAGCGAGACGGCGGGCCUGGAUCGAAUGCCCAACUGGAAAGGUCUUCACUGGAGCAAGCAGCCAUGUAGUUGGCAGCGGAGAAGUCGCCUUGGGAUCAAGUUCAUCUUUCCGUUCCUCCACUGUAUCUCGCCCUUUCUCAGGGCGGUCGCGGUCGUCCGGUCGAACAUCUGCACAGGCCUCUUCGUUUGGUGCAGGUUCGGUGCAUUCGUUUUCGUCGUCCAUGCUCCUUGGCAGUCGAAGAGGCGUUUGGGGAACAGACGAAGUGGGCGUCGGACAGAGUCGCGGUGGAGCCCUGGAGUUUCUUCAGGAUCUCGACCAUGGAGACUUUGUCCGCGCCCACGCCACCAGACGGUCCCAGGCGACAAAGGCUGUCCACCAACUAUGGAGCGACUUGCGUGUCCUCACCCAGGAGCAAGUUGCCGCCACACAGGCUCAAGGCAAUGCCACUGAACACGGCAAGACAACCAAAAGCAACAAACGAGUGAAUUCGGCAUCCCCGCUAGCAGCGAGCCAAAGAGUUAACUCAGGGACAAGCACAGAAGCAGGCACAGCUGCAGACCAAAGAGCUCACGGAAGCCUGAUUGAAGGGGUCAGCGACGACGUUCUCUACGGCGUGCUCUUAGCUUGUGCAGAUUUGGCAAAUCCUGUCCACGUUGCCAGCACAAGGGGGAAAGAAGCAAUUAAUCGAUUCUUAGUCAGCGCUUUGGCGCCAUGUGCUGUCACAAGUGUCGGUGGUAGUGACUCGUGAUGAGCGAUGAAUCCGCGGGACCAUCGAACAACGGCUGCGGAGCGCCAGCAUCAAAGGCGUGGUUUCCUCAGGUGGCGUAGAACACAUGGGAUAUUAGUGUCCGUUUCGGUUCUCUAUUCGCUAAUGGGCAGAAUCUUGGUCCUACAUCGGUGACCACAUGCCUUUCUCAGGGUUUUCUUGUUCAGGGAUACAGCCUUCUGGAGAUGCGCUAUGGGGAAUCGUCGAAAAAGUUGUAACGAAUGAAAGCAUAUUCUUUGCUUGUCUCGCACCGCAGUGGAAGAGACACGUACCCUGCGAUCCUAUAUCGUCAAACAACCGCUUCUCGAAACGUCAAUUAAAAUUAGAGCGCUUGUGGCCUGAGUAACUGACUGUUUUUGAUGUUGACAGGUCUUUGCAUGCAGCACAUUAGACACGGUCUGUUCCCUUGUUCUCUUGCCAUUGCUCUCCCGGAUCAACUCUGGACGCUUGCUUAAGUCAGACAGGCAGUGACGCUACACUGAAGAAGACACAUCUCCUACGCAGAGACACUAAAGUGAGAUGUUUCAGGCCCUGAACAGAGUCGCUUAGAGAAACUAGAUUGAGCGAGAUAGAGUGUAAGGAGACCGCUCUGGCUGUGUCGAUGUCUGGACCAUUCCAAACCGAUGACCUGCUUUGCCUUUCUCGUAGUUAUUUCCCCUAUGACAUUCUUAGAAACGAGUGUCUUCGUGGUCAAAGACACCGCGUGGUAGCACGAAGUCUCUGGCAGACAGAGACACUCUUGUUCUUGUUGGAUGACUGCACUUUCUGUACGUAGUGUAAACGUUGCAACCGAGUUCGUAUUCCUCACAGUGUUCUACUUAGGUGUUGUGGUACUCUUAUGCUUUCGAGUGGCUGCUUUUCUUCAACUGCCCCCCUCGCUUUGUCUGGUCCUUCGACACUAGCAAGCGACUGUUGGACUGGGUGGAGCUCCACUUUCACCUUCGUUUUCCAGCGGAAAUGCGGCUGACAACGAUUUUCUCGACCCCAUAGUAACUCCUGCUUUCUAGAGACGAAUAGCUGAUCAGUCUUAGAGAAUGUUUUUUUUCAAUGCGUGU